CUGGGGUUUCGCAUUUUCCUCCGGCAAACGGAAAACUCAGGAGCUUCCAGUCGCAGUCUAUCAGGGAAAGGGAAACAGGAAAAAGAAACCCCAGCUAUGGUUGUCUCCGUAAAGGUCUUCAAGAAGGCCACACCCAACGGCAAGGUGACAUUCUAUUUGGGCCGUCGCGACUUCAUCGAUCACUUGGACUACUGCGACCCCGUCGACGGGGUGAUUGUGGUGGAGCCGGACUACCUGAAGAACCGCAAAGUGUUUGGCCAGCUGGCCACCACCUAUCGCUAUGGCCGCGAGGAGGAUGAGGUCAUGGGCGUCAAGUUCUCGAAGGAGCUGAUCCUGUCCAGGGAGCAGAUUGUGCCCAUGACCAAUCCCAACAUGGAGAUGACGCCGAUGCAGGAGAAGCUGGUGCGAAAGUUGGGCAGCAAUGCCCAUCCGUUCACCUUCCACUUCCCACCCAACUCGCCCAGCUCGGUGACGCUGCAGCAGGAGGGGGACGACAACGGCAAGCCGCUGGGCGUGGAGUACACCAUUCGGGCGUUUGUCGGCGACUCCGAGGACGAUCGUCAGCACAAGCGGAGCAUGGUCAGCCUGGUGAUCAAGAAGCUGCAGUACGCUCCCCUGAACCGCGGCCAGCGGCUGCCCAGCUCGCUGGUCAGCAAGGGAUUCACCUUCUCGAACGGCAAGAUCAGUCUGGAGGUAACGCUCGACAGGGAGAUCUACUACCACGGGGAGAAGACAGCCGCCACGGUGCAGGUGUCGAACAACUCGAAGAAAUCGGUGAAGAGCAUCAAGUGCUUCAUUGUGCAGCACACGGAGAUCACGAUGGUGAAUGCGCAGUUCAGCAAGCAUGUGGCCCAGCUGGAGACCAAGGAGGGCUGCCCCAUCACACCGGGGGCCAACCUCACCAAGACCUUCUACCUCAUUCCGCUGGCAGCCAACAACAAGGAUCGUCACGGCAUUGCCCUGGACGGUCAUCUGAAGGACGAGGACGUCAAUCUGGCCUCCUCCACCAUGGUCCAGGACGGCAAAAACACUGGCGAUGCCUGCGGUAUUGUCAUCUCCUAUUCGGUGCGCAUCAAGUUGAACUGCGGCACCCUCGGCGGUGAGAUGCAGACGGAUGUGCCCUUCAAGCUGCUGCAGCCGGCACCGGGCACCAUUGAGAAGAAACGCUCGAAUGCCAUGAAGAAGAUGAAGUCGAUUGAGCAGCAUCGCAAUGUCAAGGGCUACUACCAGGACGACGAUGAUAAUAUUGUCUUUGAGGACUUUGCCAAGAUGCGGAUGAACAAUGUGAAUAUGGCCGAUUAGAAGCGAUCCUCUGGUAUAUAUAUAUCUCUACAUAUGUUUUGUUGUGAAAAACUGCGUCUCGAAAGCACUGAAAACUUGUUGCAGCAGCCGAGGGUCUCUCACUGGCCACAGAAUCUUUGUAUUAUAAUCGUCUAAUACUCUCUCUCUAUAUAUAGGAAAACUUUGGUGGAUCUAGAGUUUGUAUCCAUAACCUACCCGGUGGGACCACGUGUCCUUGCCUAUAUUUAUAAAUUAUAAAUGUGCUAUGGUUAUAUCCUAGAGGA